AUGUAAGCGGUCAGGCAGCCGGCUGAAGGUGCCCUGGGCUCAGAGGUUUCAAGGGAACUGGACAAAACCACAGGUUCUGUUGAUCCUCUAGUACCAGUGAGCCUAAAAGAUGUCAUACUCAGCUGGAUCACACGAAGCAGAUGAGGAUGGAGCCAACUUAGAAGAAAAUGGUUUUUCUUCCCCCAAUCCCUCAGCUGCUGCUGCUGCUCAGGAGGUCAGAUCUGCCACUGAUGGUAAUACCAGCACCACUCCGCCCACCUCUGCCAAGAAGAGAAAGUUAAACAGCAGCAGCAGCAGCGGCAGUAACAGUAGUAACGAGAGAGAAGACUUUGAUUCCACCUCUUCCACCUCUUCCACUCCUCCUUCACAACCCAGGGAUUCGGCUUCCCCUUCAACCUCGACCUUCUGCCUGGGGGUUCCCGUGGCUGCUUCCAGCCACGUACCAAUACAGAAGAAGCUACGUUUUGAAGACACCCUGGAGUUUGUAGGGUUUGAUGCGAAGAUGGCUGAGGAAUCCUCUUCCUCCUCCUCCUCAUCACCAACUGCUGCAACAUCUCAGCAGCAACAACUUAAAAACAAGAGUAUAUUAAUCUCUUCUGUGGCUUCCGUACAUCAUGCAAACGGCCUAGCCAAAUCUUCUACCACCGCCUCUAGCUUUGCUAACAGCAAGCCUGGCUCCGCUAAGAAGUUAGUGAUCAAGAACUUUAAAGAUAAGCCUAAAUUACCAGAAAACUACACAGAUGAAACAUGGCAGAAACUAAAAGAAGCAGUGGAAGCUAUUCAGAAUAGUACUUCAAUUAAGUACAAUUUAGAAGAGCUCUACCAGGCUGUGGAAAAUCUCUGUUCUUACAAGAUUUCUGCAAACUUAUACAAACAACUGAGACAGAUUUGUGAAGAUCACAUCAAAGCACAAAUUCACCAGUUCAGAGAGGAUUCAUUGGAUAGUGUUCUUUUUCUAAAGAAGAUCGAUAGAUGCUGGCAGAACCAUUGUAGGCAAAUGAUCAUGAUCAGGAGCAUUUUUUUGUUUCUGGAUAGAACUUACGUUCUUCAGAAUUCAAUGCUACCCUCCAUUUGGGACAUGGGACUGGAGUUAUUUAGGGCGCAUAUUAUAAGUGAUCAGAAAGUCCAGAAUAAGACAAUUGAUGGCAUUCUUCUCUUGACUGAGAGGGAAAGGAAUGGUGAAGCAACUGAUACAAGUUUACUCAGAAGUCUUUUAAGCAUGCUUUCUGAUUUGCAAAUUUAUCAAGAUUCUUUUGAAGAGCGGUUUUUGGAAGAAACUAACCGGCUCUAUGCAGCUGAAGGCCAAAAGUUAAUGCAAGAAAGAGAGGUUCCUGAAUAUCUUCAUCAUGUUAACAAACGUCUAGAAGAAGAAGCAGACAGACUUAUUACUUACUUAGAUCAGACUACUCAGAAAUCAUUAAUUGCUACUGUAGAAAAACAACUUCUAGGUGAACAUUUAACAGCAAUUCUUCAAAAAGGUUUAAAUAACCUCCUUGAUGAGAACCGAAUUCAAGAUUUAUCUCUCCUGUAUCAGCUCUUCAGCAGAGUUCGAGGUGGAGUUCAGGUUCUCUUGCAGCAGUGGAUUGAAUACAUAAAGGCAUUUGGGAGCACUAUUGUUAUUAAUCCUGAAAAAGAUAAAACUAUGGUUCAAGAAUUGCUGGAUUUUAAAGAUAAAGUUGACCAUAUAAUUGAUAUCUGCUUUCUGAAGAAUGAGAAAUUUAUCAAUGCUAUGAAAGAAGCAUUUGAAACAUUCAUUAACAAAAGACCAAAUAAACCUGCUGAACUUAUAGCUAAGUAUGUAGAUUCAAAACUUCGUGCAGGCAACAAAGAAGCAACAGAUGAAGAACUUGAGAAAAUGUUGGAUAAAAUUAUGAUCAUAUUUAGGUUUAUCUAUGGCAAGGAUGUUUUUGAGGCCUUCUAUAAGAAAGAUUUAGCCAAGCGCCUGUUAGUUGGGAAGAGUGCAUCUGUAGAUGCUGAAAAAUCAAUGCUGUCCAAACUUAAACAUGAAUGUGGAGCUGCUUUCACCAGCAAACUUGAAGGAAUGUUUAAAGACAUGGAACUUUCUAAAGACAUCAUGAUUCAGUUCAAACAGGUAAAAUAUAUGCAGAAUCAGAAUGUACCUGGGAAUAUUGAAUUAACUGUGAAUAUCCUGACAAUGGGUUAUUGGCCAACAUAUGUGCCUAUGGAAGUUCAUCUGCCACCAGAGAUGGUAAAACUUCAGGAAAUUUUCAAGACAUUUUAUCUAGGCAAACAUAGUGGCAGGAAACUUCAGUGGCAGUCAACUCUAGGACAUUGUGUGCUAAAAGCAGAAUUUAAAGAGGGUAAAAAAGAACUCCAGGUCUCUCUUUUUCAAACACUGGUGCUGCUAAUGUUUAAUGAGGGAGAGGAGUUUAGUUUAGAAGAGAUCAAGCAAGCUACUGGAAUAGAGGAUGGAGAGUUAAGGAGGACAUUGCAGUCAUUAGCCUGUGGCAAAGCUAGAGUUCUGGCAAAAAAUCCAAAGGGCAAAGAUAUUGAAGAUGGUGACAAGUUCAUUUGUAAUGAUGAUUUCAAACACAAACUCUUCAGGAUAAAGAUCAAUCAAAUCCAGAUGAAAGAAACAGUUGAAGAACAAGCAAGCACUACAGAAAGAGUAUUUCAAGAUAGACAAUACCAAAUUGAUGCUGCAAUUGUUCGGAUUAUGAAGAUGAGAAAGACACUUAGCCACAAUCUCCUUGUUUCAGAAGUAUAUAACCAGUUAAAAUUUCCAGUAAAGCCUGCUGAUCUUAAGAAGAGAAUAGAAUCUUUAAUUGACCGGGACUACAUGGAAAGAGAUAAAGAAAAUCCAAACCAGUACAACUACAUUGCAUAAAAUGUUGGCCUUGAAGCAUUUGGUAUCAUAUGCGAUAGCUGGUGGAUAAACUAACCCAUUCAUUCUAUAUUAUUUGACUGCUUUUUUUUACUACCGAUGACCAAAUGAAGCUGUAUAAUGGAAAUAGUGGAGUGGACUUUUUCUCAGUGGUUAACAUGCCCAUUUUAAAGAGUAAUACUUACCCUUAAGAAGAAUGUUGUCGAACUCUUUGCAUGUUAUUUAGAAUGAUGUGCAGAAACUUUUAAGAAAGUAUUGGUCUUUAUGAUUCCACUUUGGAACUGGGGAAGAGGUCCCUAUGACUUAAUGGGGGUUCUUAUACACCAUUACUUAUGAAGCAGAAAGUUUAUUUGCUUAAAGUGUCAUUUGAAGAUACUUAAAACUGCAUGCAAACUUUAUUUACUGUACAGAGUGGAUGUAUUUAUCAAAUAGAAAAGCCACCCUGGA